GUCCCGGUGCGGAAGAUGGCGGCGGGAGCGCGCGGCGGGAGCGCGGCGCUGCGGCGGCUGCGGGGCGGGGGCGCGGGCGCGGCCCCGCGGGGCGCGCGGGGGUACUCCAGGGAGGCCGAGGGAAGCUGGUUCCGCUCCCUCUUUGUGCACAAGGUGGAUCCCCGCAAGGACGCGCAUUCCAACCUCCUCUCCAAGAAGGAGACCAGCAACCUCUACAAGAUCCAGUUUCACAAUGUGAAGCCGGAAUGCCUGGAAGCCUACAACAAGCUGACAGAGGAGGUGCUGCCCAAGCUCCACUCAGACCCUGACUACCCCUGUGACCUGGUGGGCAACUGGAACACGUGGUACGGCGAGCAGGACCAGGCAGUGCACCUGUGGCGCUUCUCGGGCGGGUACCCGGCGCUCAUGGACUGCAUGAACAAGCUCAGGCAGAACAAGGAGUACCUGGACUUCCGCAAGGAGAGGAGCCGGAUGCUGCUGUCCCGCAGGAACCAGCUGCUCCUGGAAUUCAGCUUCUGGAAUGAGCCCCAGCCCCGCCAGGGACCAAACAUCUACGAGCUGAGGACCUACAAGCUGAAGCCAGGGACCAUGAUCGAGUGGGGCAACAACUGGGCUCGGGCCAUUAAAUACCGCCAGGAGAACCAGGAGGCAGUCGGGGGGUUCUUCUCCCAGAUCGGGGAGCUCUACGUGGUGCAUCACCUCUGGGCCUACAGGAAUCUGCAGUCCCGGGAGGAGACGAGGAAUGCGGCCUGGAGGAAGAGGGGCUGGGAUGAGAAUGUUUAUUACACUGUCCCGCUGAUCCGGACCAUGGAAUCACGGAUAAUGAUUCCCCUGAAGAUCUCCCCCCUGCAGUGACUGGGGGGCCCUGGACUCCCCGCCCGUGCCCUGGCCCUGCUGGGGAAGGGCUGGGGAGGUUCUGCUCCCUCUGGCUCCCAGCUCUCUCCCCCAUCCCAUUUUGGGGUGCCCUGGGGGAUUGAGAGCAGAGAGGGGAAGAAGGGAGCCCCCCAGGACCGGUGGGUCCCCAGGAUGGUGCUGCUGGGGGGGCUGGGCAGGCUGUAGAGGGGCCUUAAUUGCUCCUGAUGAGCCCAGCCGGUGCCUUUGCUGCCAAUUAAAUAUUUAAUAUGCUAAA